UUACUUGAAAGAUUGAAACAAAAAUGUAAGUUGAAUAAAAAGACCAAAAAUACACUCGUUUUUGUUUAUGUCAUCGUACUCAUUCAAACUGUAAAUUACUUGAAGCACGAAUUUCUUGAUCAACACUGAAUGGGUCUUUUACAAUACAUGUAAAAUUGUUUGUCACUUGUUGUGAUUGUAAAAGAGUGCAGAAUUACCUCGGUAGAUUGAGUUAACGUCUCUCAAGCCAAUUUGUCACGUAUAAUCUACUAGUUCCUAUUCAAACCCGAUUGGCAUUACCAGAAUGAGAACCAAUAAGAGAUCAAGCAUUUGCGAGCGUGAAGUGAGAUUGGACGGCUCUGUGUUCUCCUGACCUCGUGCUCUCAAGAGCACUUGGCAACAUUGUAAGCAUAAGAAAAUCCGCUGACAUUUCCUCCUAAUCAGCCGUGAAAAUCCGUGAUCCUGCCCCCCGCUGAAACCACCGCAACAGGUAUUACGUGCCAGAACCCAGACGACAGCUCGCUGUGGGGAGGAUGAUAGCCUUCCACUGGACAGAUAAAGCUAAGUGGUGUGGACAGGAGAAUUUCCCGUCUUAGAGGGUUGUGAUCUGACUGCCAGCACUGCUGCCCUCCUUCUGAAGAGAUCACGGGUUACUAAUGGGGACACCGGCGGAGAACUCAGUGAGUGAAACAUGCAGGUUUGAGCCUGAUCCAGGGGUGGAGGGAGAAGGCUGGGGAAGUGACUCUCAUGCAGAGCCUUGUAACACACCGGUUCCCCUGCCUGCAGCGAACAAGAAGAAAAAGAGAAAGAAGAAACUGUGGAUAAAUCUCACCAGCUGCAAAUAUGAGAGUGUGCGUCGUGCUGCUAACAGAUAUGGACUACGAGAGGCUGCAGAAGGAGAAGACUGGACCCUGUUUUGGACUGACUGCUCUGUCUCUCUAGACAGGGUCAUGGAUAUGAAACGUUACCAGAAAAUCAACCAUUUUCCUGGCAUGAAUGAAAUCUGCAGGAAGGACUUGCUCGCACGCAAUAUGAACCGUAUGCUGAAACUCUUCCCGAAGGAGUACAACAUCUUUCCUCGCACAUGGUGCCUCCCCGCAGAUUAUAGUGACUUCCAAGCCUACACCAGAGCCAAAAAGCACAAAACGUAUAUCUGCAAGCCAGACUCAGGUUGCCAAGGUCGUGGUAUCUAUCUUAGCAAGUCCAAUAAAGAUAUUCGGCCAGGAGAACACAUGAUUUGCCAGGUGUACAUGUCCAAGCCAUUCAUCAUCGAUGGGUUCAAGUUCGACCUGCGCAUUUAUGUAUUAGUGACCAGCUGUGACCCCUUCCGUAUCUUCAUGCACAAUGAGGGACUAGUCCGUUUCUGCACCACUCAAUAUACUGAGCCCACUGGCAACAAUUUGGAGGAUGUUUGCAUGCACUUAACUAACUAUGCCAUCAACAAGCACAGUGAAAACUUUGUACGUGAUGAAGAUACGGGCAGCAAACGGAAACUCUCCAGCUUCAAGAAGCACAUGGAAGCCAUGAGCUGUGAUACUGAGAAGAUGUGGACAGACAUUGAGGAUGUCAUCAUUAAGACACUAAUAUCAGCCCACCCUAUUCUCAAACACAACUACCACACCUGCUUCCCCAAUCAUGCAUCUGGAAGUGCCUGCUUUGAGAUCUUGGGAUUUGAUGUGUUACUGGACCGUCGACUUAAACCUUGGCUUCUUGAGGUCAACCACUCCCCCAGCUUCACCACAGACUCCCGUUUAGACCGGGAGGUGAAGGACAGCCUGCUGUAUGACACUUUGGUGCUGAUUAACCUGGGGGCCUGUGACCGCAGGAAGAUCACAGAGGAGGAGAAGCGCCGGGUAAAGGAGAGACUCCAGCAGAACCGCUCUAGAGAGGCCAGGAAUGAGGAGCUUCGUCAGUCACAGGCUGCUAGUGUGGAGCAGAUGGAGAAAUAUGAAGCAAAACAUAUGGGUGGAUUCCGGCGAAUCUUCCCUCGGGAAGCAGGGGAGAAAUAUGAAAAGUAUUUUCAACACAGCAGUUCUCUCUUCCAGGAGACUGCAGCCUCCAAAGCCAGGGAGGAGUGUGCCAGGCAGCAGCUCCAGGAGUUGCGUCUGAAGCAGGAGCAGAAAGAACGAGAAAAGAAGGGAUCACGUAAGCAGGAUCUUCAAGGUGAAUCUGCAGGAGAAAGAGCAAAACCAAGAAGAAUUCAGCCCCCACACCAAAACCCCAAUUCACUUACAGCUAUGCUAGAGCAGACCACCUUGAGGGGAGAGACACCUGUUGCUCUUGACCUAAUAGAGGAAGAGGAGGCAGAGAGAGUCAGUGAACUUCACCAGCGAGAGACUCUGCUGCUAAACAUGGGUGUGGUGAACCAAGUGCGCCAGCUACUUCAAAGUGCCAAUCAUCUUACUGAACUUAUCAACCACUCACGUGAACAAACCAGCUUUCCCUCACACUGCAGACAUGAUCACAAACUGGACUCCAUUGCAGAGAUUUCUUGGAGGCAGAAGAACCUCUGCACUAUGAUGCAUCAGCAGGUGUCUACAAAAGCCAAGCCCUGCAUGCAGUAUAUACAUCCCCAGCCGCAGCAAAACCGAAAGCCAUGGCCCUCUCUAGAACACGGUCUGCUACAGCCAGUCCAGACUGAACCGGGAGGUCUGAAACACUGUGAGGUGGAAGAUAUGGCAGCGUCAAAUGCAGAGCAGCAGGCUCCUGCUCCUCUGAUGAAAGCUACUAGUGCUCAGCGGAUACCUCUGACAAUUAAUGGGUCUUUCGCUUGGCGUCAUGGCAGCAUGAGUUCCUCUUUGGCUGAGUCGAGAGCGAGAGCGUCAAUGCUUGGAGUGCCUCCCCUCGUUCUAGGACGGUCACAGGGUGCCACGGUAUUCCGUGACCCCAAAUCUCUCUAUGUCAUUUCCACCCCUGCUCCUCUUGUCCCCAGGCCCCUCUCCCACGGCCUUCGAAAGGCCCCUCGCAGAGUCCUGCCGCAUGACCCAGGACAUAACCAAGUAAUUCAAUAAAAUUAGUAUGGAGAAUACAGGCUAAGGAAGGUGUUAAGAUGUCAGUAAUAAAUCAGGAAUAGAAGGUGAGAAGGUCUGCAUUCAACUGUCUUCCGUACUGAAAAUGUGAAAUUUCUCUCUUUGCUGUUCAAUAGAAAGCCAUUUCUCUGUUUUGUCUACUUUAGUUCUGUAAUUUGGUUACAGUUAGUCAGGAAACUUUACAACUUGACAAUGAAGUAUGCUGGUGCCUACUGUAGCCUUUCGUGUUUUUUCUUGCUAUGCAUUCUUAGUUUGGAAGAAGCCAUAAGAGAAUGAUUUCAGUAUAAAUUAAUGUGAAUAUGCUUUUAUUUUACACAGCCUUUGUAAGCUAUUUUCAUGAUUUUUCAUGUCAUACUGAGCCAAUAUAAAUAAAUAUUUCAAUAAAAAAAAAAU